UGCUCUUUUGUGUCGAUUUUUUAUGUGUCAUAUAAGGUAAGGUUUGUAACAACAGGAGCAGCAAUAUAUGUUUUAUUUUCUACCUUGUGAUGAAACACACCCCUACGAUCAGCGAUGUAUGCAUCUUGGUAGGUCCUUGCGGUGACGUUUCGGGGUGAACGUGUCGAGCUUGUACAUUGUACAGUGAGAACAACAGUUCCGCAAUGGCCGGACUACAAUGUACACCGACUGACGGGAUCACAGCCCCUCAGGUCAUCUUACAAGACGACUUCGCUGCUUACAGAAGAGGAAACCUCCGUUAUACGGUCAGACUUACGCCCGAAGCCAUAGUCUAUGUUGUAGUGGGGUCGAAACAGGAACGUACCCUGGCGCUAGCAGACGUGUUGGGAUGCCACACGAGCGUUUCACUGAGAAGAAAACCCACCCAGGCAAACCAGGCCGCUUUCCUAUGUAUAUACUCCUACCCUCUGAAGAGGAAGCUCCUAUCGGGAAGUGUGAGAACCCGCGUCUGCACAUCGUUCAGGGUCGACAGGUUCGACAACUACGAACAGAACUGUGAGCUCGCCGAGAAAUGGAGAGUCGCCGUCAGGUGCCUGCUAGCCGGGCACACCGUGACAGCGGAUACCGACCUCCGCCCCAGCCUGCUGCCCUCCCGCCCGACCCUGCUGGUGCUGCUCAACCCGUUCGGCGGACAGGGGAAGGCGAAACAGUACUUUGACGACCAGGUCCUGCCCAUGAUGGGGGAGGCCGAUGUCUCCAUAAGUGUGGUCACCACAGAAUACUCUGGGCACGCGUUUGAUGUGGUGCAGACUACGGACCUGUCGUCCUGGGGAGGGAUCGUUGUUGUGUCCGGGGAUGGUCUGCUGUACGAGGUUGUUAACGGGCUGAUGUCGCGGCCUGACUGGGAGCAGGCCAUCAAGAUCCCGCUCGGUAUCCUUCCCGCCGGCUCGGGAAACGGACUCUGCUACUCCAUUAACUAUGCACUGGGGGAACCAUUCGAGGAGGACAGGAUGUUCCAUUCGACCUUCGUGUUGCUGAAGGCCACGAUGAAAGGUCACACCCGUCCGCUGGACCUCAUGUCUGUCGACACGGCCUCCCAGCGUCGCUACGCAUUCCUGUCCUUCCAGUGGGGCUUCUCCGCCGACGUGGACAUCGAGAGCGAACGCUAUCGGUACUUGGGGGGAAGUCGCUUUCUUUUCGGGUCCCUCCAUAACCUAAUGAAGCUGAGGGUGUACAGGGGUAAGCUUUCUUUCCUUCCCGUGGAAGGCGUGGACGCCCUGAAGCAGGCACGACAAGUUCUGUCCCAAAACAAAGUCGACGUCAAACCCAGAAGUUUGUCGCACAGUUCGUCUGCCGUCACCAUCAACGGUCGACGUGAUGACGCAAGGAUGCGCACGCGCAGUGUGAGCGCGAUGAACGGGUUUAAUUACAUUUCUACGGACAAUGAACCUCUAGAAACGCCCAGUCAGGAGUCCACCUCACUGGACGCUCAGCUCAUGUCAUUUUCCACAGAAAACGGCGUUCACCACACAAAUUCCGAAGGGCACGUAAAUGGCAAUAUGAACACUGUCUAUGAAGCUACCACGGCUGACGACAUGGUGGGAAAGAUGGACGGUAAGGACAAACAUUACAAAAACGGCGACUCUGACUUCAUCGGAGCAUCCGUGUCAACGAACCAAAACAACUCCAAGUCCUCCCAGCCAUGCACGGCUGGAGGCAACCCUCCCAACCAUGUGUACGGACCGCCCUCCCCCCUCCUCCCGCCGCUGGACCAGCCUGUCCCCGCCAACUGGGUUACCAUAGACACCGACUUCGUCACCAUGAUCAUCCAAAGCAUCAGCCACAUCUCAGAAGGUUACUUCUCGUCUCCGUGCAGCUCGUUUGACGACGGUGUCCUGUUCCUGUCCUUCCUGAAGUCGGGCGUGUCCAGGAGACAGAUGUUGAAGUUCAUGGGGAAGAUGGCGGAAGGGACCCAGGUGUUUGAUUUCGGCAGUGACGGCGGGUACGUGUGCUGCAAGGCUUUCCGCGUGGAGCCGGUCACACCGCCCGGACUCAUGACCCUGGACGGGGAGAAGAUCCACUACGGCCCGGUACAAGGACAGGUGCACCACGGGAUGAUCAACCUCAUCAUGCCCAACGAUUAACGGCAUUUUAUUGAGGAGAUUUCGGACUAAAUAUCGUUUCAACUAUCUCCAGUCAGUUACCGAAAUCCCUUCUUACCAGUACCUGACAGGAUGAAAAAGAGGCCAGGACAUUCUGAUCUGAAAAGCAAUGCUCUGCGUCACAAUUGACACAGUAUUGGAAUAAUUGAAAGACAAAGAAGUCGCAUAUUCUCGACACUAUUGUUACAGAAAAAAGAAUGCUGCUCUUCUGUAUGGUAGAGAAGAAGUUGCAAAUAUAUAUGAACAGAAUUAUUAUUUAAUAUAUCAUUCCCAUGAUAGGAUGAGAAUUCAAGUUGUCUUGGAAUGACCAGGAUCUUUUUGGAAGAGUUCCUGAAGUUGCGUCGACUGUAGGUCACAAUGGAGCGCGAAGUAACACUAUAGUACCUAUCCAUGUUUGGCCACCACGUAUCACAGCAACUGUUCUAUGAAUGAUACCCCAUCUACGAUUCCACCAUCCAGCAACUACACUUUAAAUAUUGACAACGACCAAAUCUCUUGACAAAACGCUUUCCGUUCCGAUCUCCAAAUCCAAAUACUUAUGGCGCCAACUUUUGAACAAUCCUGACGCAAAGACGCGUUCAAUAGAUUAAUUAUGUCAUUUCUUAUACAACUCAUCACUCUCGAUGAUGCAACACAUUUGUCUUAAAGCCAUAUUUACAUACUGAUGUAUUAUUCUGUAUAUUUGGUUUGUGUCUGUCUCUUAAACAUGGAAUGUAACUUUCUUCUGUUUGUUGAGACUUACAGAUAUUUUCAAAUAUUUUUCGACGCUCCAAUAUGGAAUGUUGUAUAGUUGCAUAUGGAACGAGUUUUAAUUUAUGGGAUACUAGAACACGGUCUCACUUGUUGAACUGCCACUCCAUGUACGCAGGUGGAUCUGCAUUGAAUCAGGAUUGAAUCGAAUUUGUACCAGUUAGAGCUAGAUAACUUGAAGAUUAACGAAUAUCAUUACUCCAUCCAGAAUCCUUCAAUCGCAACAAAAGUCACAGUACAACAAUAGUAGUAGUAAUACGCAGCUUCAGUAGCCUAGGCAGCUCCAUCAAAUGAUGCUAUUCAAUUAAUAUAUCAAAGAAGGUUGGCAUCAAGGUAGACGAUAUUUGUUACAGAUUGAAUCACUGCAACUACAUAAGUGACAGACCGUCAUACGUUUCCUGUGCAUGUGGCAUGCCACCAUUCUUCUGUCGUCUACGGUGUUAUACAAAUUACCUGUGUGUUGGCCGUUUGAAAUACCUUAUGUAGCCUUUUCACCCAGCUGCAGUGAACUAUUCUGUAACAAAUGAUACAACGACGAAGAAGCAACGAAAUCACCUUUCCACUUGUUGACGGCACUACUUUGAAUUCCAUGAACUACAUGAUUAAAGCAAAUACAGAUCAUGAA